GCCCAAUAUGAAAGCCAGGUAGCCAGGUAAUGACGGUGUUGAAGUCUGAGUUGCUGGCUAGCUUCGUUCGUCUCUCUCACCCCAUUUUAUCUGUCUUUGCUGGGUUUUUGGCGCUCGCUCCCUACGCUACGAACUGAACUACGUUGUAUUGCUAGGUUUCUCUCUUAGUCGUCGUCUCCAAGGCUCAAACAAUGGCAACUUUGGCUGAUUCUUUCCUUGCUGACCUAGAUGAGCUAUCUGACAAUGAUGCCGAUAUUAUUGAUGAAGAUGAUGGAGAGGCCGCAAACAUGGAGGAAGAUGUUGAUGGGGACUUGGCAGACAUAGAAAAUCUAAAUUAUGAUGAUCUGGAUAGCGUUUCGAAAUUGCAGAAUACACAGAGAUAUGCUGAAAUAAUGCAGAAAGUGGAAGAUGCACUUCAGAAAGAUUCUGAUGCCUCAAAUCAGGGAGUAGAUCAGGGGAUAGUCCUGGAAGAUGAUCCUGAAUACCAGCUGAUUGUGGAAUGCAACUCCUUGUCGGUUGACAUUGAAAACGAAAUUGUUAUUAUCCACAAUUUUAUUCGUGACAAGUACCGUUUGAAAUUUCCAGAGCUUGAAUCACUUGUGCAUCACCCAAUUGAUUAUGCUCGAGUUGUUAAGAAGAUUGGAAAUGAGAUGGAUGUAACCCUUGUUGAUUUAGAGGGUCUUCUACCUUCCGCAAUUAUUAUGGUAGUGUCAGUUACAGCAUCAACUACUAGUGGCAAGCCACUACCAGAUGAAAUUCUUCAGAAAACAGUUGAUGCUUGUGACCGAGCCCUUUCUCUUGAUUCAGCAAAGAAAAAGGUUCUUGAUUUUGUGGAAAGUAGAAUGGGAUAUAUCGCACCAAACCUUUCUGCGAUCGUUGGGAGUGCUGUUGCUGCAAAACUUAUGGGCACUGCUGGUGGUCUUGCUGCAUUGGCUAAGAUGCCUGCUUGUAAUGUGCAGCUUCUUGGUGCCAAGAAAAAAAACCUUGCUGGGUUUUCUACUGCAACAUCGCAAUUCCGUCUAGGUUACAUCGAGCAGACAGAAAUAUUUCAAAGUACACCUCCUCCUUUGAGGAUGCGUGCUUGCAGACUCUUGGCUGCAAAGUCAACACUUGCUGCACGAGUAGAUUCCACAAGAGGAGAUCCAUCUGGAGGCACUGGAAGGGCUUUCCGAGAAGAGAUCCGAAAGAAAAUUGAGAAGUGGCAAGAGCCUCCUCCUGCUAAGCAACCUAAACCACUUCCAGUUCCUGAUUCUGAGCCCAAAAAGAAGAGAGGUGGUCGUCGGCUUAGGAAAAUGAAGGAAAGGUACGCAAUAACAGACAUGCGGAAGCUGGCUAAUAGGAUGCAAUUUGGUGUGCCUGAAGAGAGUUCUUUAGGGGACGGACUGGGGGAAGGUUAUGGAAUGCUUGGUCAGGCUGGGAGUGGCAAGUUGCGUGUAUCAAUGGGUCAGAGUAAACUUGCUGCAAAAUUUGGCAAAAAGUUCAAGGAAAAGCAAUAUGGAAGCAGUGGUGCUACAUCUGGAUUGACUUCAAGUUUAGCAUUUACACCUGUGCAGGGGAUUGAGCUCACGAAUCCACAGGCUCAUGCACACCAGCUUGGUAGUGGAACGCAGAGCACCUACUUUUCUGAAACGGGAACUUUUUCAAAGAUCAAGAGGACCUGAACCAUACAUAACGACGCAUAGGAUGGGUGUUGUGAGUACUAAUUUGGCCAUGAGUAAUCGUUGUCUGGGAGAAUCAUGUAAAAAUUUACUGAUUUUUCUUAUAUAUGGUAAUUAGUAGUUACCUACUCUUAUUAAAAGGUAAUGGGGACAGCAGUAUAUGCCUUUUGCGACAAAAAAUUUUAGGUUACAUUGCUUGAACAGAUGAUUUUGUUAUUAUAGAAUAGUAUGUGAUUCUGCACCUUAUUACCUGUAUUACUUCAUUGUCUACUCGCUCUUUGGUUAAAAUGCGAAUGUCAUGAAACACUUUGCUAGAUGGAAAGAUAUGUGCUUCAUAACCCGUUGGUAGGCUUCUUUUUUAUGAAAAACUAUUAUUUUUCUUUUAUUUAUUUUGCGACCAAAGCCAAUUUUGAUGACAUUUUUUAUGCUUGUUUUCUUGCAUGAAGUUGUUGAUGAUUCUCAGUAGGACCCAUGCUAGACUCUGUCUUUUCUCUAAUUUGAGAAUUUCAUUUGGGCCUGGACAUGUGUUGAGAUUUCUGAGAAGCCUGGUCUUGACAGAACAGCUGGAAAGCGUGUACGUUUUGCAAGUGUUACAGGUUCCUCUGGCAAUUUGCAUUCCAUUAUUUGGCCCAUCCUAUCCUCUUUUCUCUUUUUAGAUGCUAAAAGAUAUUUAUAAAAUAUUAUUUUUUGAUAUUGGAAAUUAGAUUGUCUCAUUAGAGGGACUAUUUAUAAAAUAUUCAUAGAAGAUUAUUCAUCUGUAAUUCCAUGGACUGUUUUUGGAUUCUUUUUAAGAGGCAAAUAAUUGGAGUGUUUAGAUUUAUUAGUUGA